AAAUGGCCGCCUCCGCGGAACCGUCCUCUGCUGUGUUUUGCCUAUAAAAAUAUAUAUUUUUUUCUUUGUGUUUUUUUUUUUUGUUUAGGUUAGAAAUACAUAUCGGUCUUGUAGUAAAACAGAAUACCGUAACGCAACAAAUUAAGGCGAAACAAGUGCAGAGGAACGGCUGCAAAAAAAUGGCUUCUUCGUUCGUGAUCGGAGAAAAAUUCCGUGAGAAAAUGAAAGAUUUCAUGAAUAAAGAAGAGUCGUCUUUUCCGGAAGACCUGCGAGCAGAACUGGAACUCUGCUUAACCCGGGGGGAGCGACAGACAAUCCCUUUCAAACUGGCAAGAAAACUGGAAACAUUUCUUCGAGAGAGCGGCUUUCCCAUCUAUCUCCAUGAAUUACUUGAAGACAGUGAUGUUUAUCUACCAGAAGUGCAGAAACCUCAGAGGAAUCCAGAACUAGUGGCACGGCUGGAGAGGAUCAAAGCCAGACUGGCCAAUGAAGAAUACAUGCAGAUCACCAGAAACGUCAACUGCCAGCAAUUAAAUCGACAUGGAACCUUAGCUGACAUUGGAAAGCAAAUGAGGUCGGUAAAGGCUGUGGUUGUCACUAUCUUUAACUUCCUGGUGACGGUGGUGGCAGCGUUUGCCUGUACCUAUCUGGGCAGUCAGUACAUCUUCACAGAAACAGCAGCGAGGGUACUCUGUGCUGUCAUUGUGGCGUCGGUGGUGGGACUGGCUGAACUCUACGUGCUUGUCCGGACAAUGGAGGGAGAGCUGGGGGAGCUGUAGCCUCUGCAGCCCAGGUGACGUCACUCCUGCGAUCAUGCAUUACUGUCUCCAGAGUAGAGGACCCACAGUUUUAAACUCCACUUUCUUGCACUUUAGCAUCAGAACUAUUUUCGCUAAGCGAUAAUCAAAGUUAGGGAAACUCAAGAUGUCGUUUGUUUCUGUAUCUUAAGUUUCCAUUCUCCUCUCGGGUGGUCUGUAGAUAGCCGAGACCCUCUCUGUGCUGGAAAGUGCAGGGAUGGAAAUUAGACUCCUGUUGCAUAGCAGUUUCACCCAUUCCAGGUUUUACUACAAGCUUAAUAAGUGUAUAGUUAACAAGCUCGGGUGUGUCUUAUUAAACUCAUUGUAAAACCAGGAAUGGAUCUACUUUCAGGGGAAGUAUUUCACUCAGUUUCACCAGUUAUACUUUAUUUGCAAGACAGAGAACUCUGAAUAGGACUUCAUAUUCUAAUUAAAAAAAUACUUCCUAAAUAAGUGUUUUUUCAGUCAUUUUGUUUGUUGUGAUCAAUGUACUGUUAUUUAAUAAAAUGCAUUUGAAGGGAUGCAAGUGCUGUACCCUUUGAAAUGAGGUUAUUAAUAAAUAUUUCAUAAACAUUG